AUGGCCGAUGACGACGCAGGUGAGCUGCGCAAGAAAAUCAAAAAACCACGAGAGAAGGGGCGUGUUGGUAAGGCUGCCGACGGGUUUUACGCUGUGUGGCGUCGUUGGACACGACGGGUUUUGAAAUGGCUGUUUUACGGCGUCUUUGCGGGCGUGGUGUUCAGUGUUUUGCUGGUCGUUGCCCUGCGAUUUGUGAACCCCUACAUGACCUAUUACUUCGUCACUGAACGGAUGCGGUUGGGCGAGAUUGAUCGAGAUUGGACACCGAUUGAGGAAUUUUCGCCCGUUAUGGCGCGAUCCGUGGUGGCGGCAGAGGACGCAAAUUUUUGCACGCAUUUCGGUUUUGAUAUUGAGGGAAUAAAGGCGGCGUUGGCCGAUGAUGGCCGUGUGCGCGGUGGAUCGACGAUCAGUCAGCAAGUGGCGAAGAAUGUGUUUCUGUGGCAGGGGCGAACCUGGGUGCGCAAGGGCAUAGAGGCGUGGUUUACCCUGCUGAUCGAGGUGUUUUGGCCCAAGUCGCGGAUUGUUGAGGUGUAUUUGAAUAUCGCGGAAAUGGACGAGGGUGUGUUUGGCGCAGCGGCGGCGGGGCGGCAUUAUUUCGGGGUAGAGCCUGACAAGAUUACAGCGGUGCAGGCAGGGCGCAUGGCGGCCAUAUUGCCAAGCCCGAAGAAGCGAUCUGCCAGUCGGCCGACGGCCUAUACCAAGAAACGGACUCGGCAGAUUAUUUCUGGUGCCAAGACAAUUGCGGCGGAUGGGCGCGCAGAUUGUUUCGAGAGCGGUUGA